CAAGUGGUUUAUUAUUACUCACUUGUCAUGUUAAUCUUACUGGUUUUAGGAAGCUAUCAGUUUAACCUCAAUAUUUUGUGCCGAGAAAGAAAAUCAAUAACCACAAAUGCCUUGAUUUAUUCAAAACAUUUAUAAAUAGAAAGUAAGGUCACAUAACCAGAAUCUUUUAAAGUUAGUGUAGUCCUCCUAUAGUAAAUCUCUUUAGAUAGAAUUAUGACAGCCUACUCCACCAACCUGCUCUUGACUGAACUCACGCAAAAAGAAGUGAAGGAAAGAAAAAAAAGACGCCUGAAAAAGCGAGAUCAUCUGUGUCUAUUAUCUGAUUGGCUGUCUCCGAAGCCAACUGCAUUGCCCACCCCCAUGUUUAUAUGAAUCGUUGAUCAUUUCUCGAGUCCUCCCACUGAGAGAGGAUUUGUGCCGCGAUCGAGCGCUCAUGGCAGCUAAUGAUUAUCGCGCGUACCUGCGGAAUCAUAUCGAUAUGGAAGAGGCUCCGGCGCGCGCUCCGCACACGGGCUCCACGCACAGAGCGCUCAUAUUCGGCACCCUCGCUGUCAUGGGACUGCUGCAGGUCGCGUCGAGUGUGGCGAUUUUGUUGCACUUAACCGGUUAUCUCCGAGAGGUCGACCUUGCCUCAGCCCGGCAGAGUCCUAAUGAGGAAAUGCACAGUGAAACUUUAAUAGCCGAUCCAAUCAAAAGUUUUAAGGAGAAGAAGGAAAGAUGUCGACAAAAAAAGGAUACACGCAUGCCAUCUGCUCACCUUCCUAUCAAGACGCCCACAAACUUUUCUACCAAAGAUCGAAAUGAUUUAACCAUGAUCCACUGGGAUGAUUUUCAUGGGUCGAAUUUGAAGAAGAUGAAAUACCGUGAUGGGCGAAUUUUAGUGGAUGAGCCUGGCUAUUACUACGUAUAUGCCAAGACCUGCUUUCGUUAUGCUGAGGAACACGACACGGACAAAGAGGACGUCAGCAAUUUACAGCUGUUUCAGUACAUUUACCAUGAGAAGCACACGCAGUCUGUAAUCAAGCCCGCUAUCCUUACAAAAAGUGGCGGCACACUGCAGUGGAACAUUGCGAAGUACAACAUGUACUGCGUGGAGCAGGGCAGAGGUGUCCAGUUGACUAAGGCGGAUGGUAUUUUUGUCAACGUAUCCAAUGCGUGGCUGCUGGACCCUGCAGCUGAAGGGACAUAUUUUGGUACUUUUAAGAUAAGUGAUUGACUUGCAUCUUUUUGCUACUGAACAUGUGCACAUUUUUGCAACCUUACGAACUUUUUUAAAGUGAUUAUGAACCACUGAGCACUUGUUUUUGAUCACUGACUUUUGAAUUUUUGUUCAAUAUAGAAGACAUUUAAGGGCACAUUAACACUUCUCAGUCGUACCGAUACUGGCAAUAGGUAUCAGUCCAAUAUUGGUACUCAUGCUCUUAAAAUGCUCCAAUAACCACAACCAUGCAGCGAAUCACAGCGGUGGAGUGACGCUGGACGGUCCCAGUAAAGUACGCCAAAUCGCAGUAGUCUGCUGCGACCUCCACAACAGAGGAAAAACAUACGAACUAAGUGGUCAAAUUUAGUUCAAAAUGUAAUAUACGCAAUAGGAACUUCUUGUUCAUUGAAGUGUUGUAUAAAAGCAAUAUCACAUUUGCGGCUUUAGCCGUUGUGACGUUUUGUUAUCAGUGAGUAUACCAAAAAGGAACAGCCUUAAGUGAGUAAUAAAAGACGACAUAUCAGUGCAUCGCUAGUUUAAGAGAUUUUACAUUAAACUUUUCAUCAUCAUCACAUUGAUCGGAUCAGAAUGUAAGAACAAAACUGUCCAAAUACCAUGAAAUGUAUCUAACACAAUGUUAAAAUGAUAGCUACAGCCUAUGGGAAGGUUUCUUUCAGAUCAUUGAAAGCAUAAUUGAUUGAACUUUGAAGAAAUGAUCAUGAGACUCAAUGUCAAGGAAAUUUUAAUUGUGCCAAACUGGUGAACAAGUACUGCCUGUCUCAUCAAGAAUAUGUACUGAUGCUUUACUGAUUGAUGAAUUUCACUGUUGGAUGUUUAGAGCUUCCUUUCAGAUGAUAUUUUUAAAUAGCGUUAAAAUUUCUUGAACAAAACGUAUACAAACAUUCAACAAAAAUCAAGGCAGCUGGACUGUCUUUGAGAAGCGAUGUGCAGAACCAAACUGAGUUUGGUACGCUCUAAUUUAAUUUUGUUUUUAGUGUAUUUAUUUAUUUUCAAUAAUGAUGGAAUGUUUGUAAAAUGUUCUGUCUGUUGUACAGUUUUGUACAGUGUAUAUAAUUGCCUUUAAUCCAUUCUUCAAGAGGUUUUGGACAAAGGGCAUUGACUUUAGGUCUGUUAUUCAUGCGCUUUUGUCCCAGGCACAGGGCUCCUGUUUAAAGCUUAAAUGGAUUGGUUUCUCACUAGGAAACUUUGUAUUUAAGUAUGAUUAAUUUGACUAUUCUGUGUGCAAAUGUUUAUGGACAGCAGAAUAUAUUGUUCCCAACCCGAAGCAAACCUAAAAAUGUUAAAGUCUAAGAUUUUUUUUUUUUCAUAUGUUAGCAAAAGUUCUGUUUUAUAAUGUUUAUUUAUACUAUUCUGCCUAAUAAAGAUACUUUUCUAAAUAAAAUACUAA